UUGGAGAUCGCUAGCAUCAACCUCCAGACUCACGGCCACAGCGCCCUUUCCAAGACGAUGCCUCCUCGAAUCUCUCCCUUCAGCACACCGCUGUGCUGCAGGACGGCCGCCAAUGCCCCUGUCUCAUCGCUGACUGCCUACCUCGCCGGUCUCUCGCUCCAGACCAGAAAUGCGUCCAUCCUUGGCAGCCUCGCGAACACCCCAGGUGCCAUGCACCAGAAGAAGCGAGUUGGUCGUGGUCCUUCAUCUGGACAUGGAAAGACAUCUGGUCGCGGUCACAAGGGUCAGAAGCAGCACGGAAAGGUCAAGCCAUGGUUCCAGGGUGGUCAGACACCUUUGAUCGUCAAGCACGGUCGAAAGGGUUUCAGCAACUACCGAGCCCCUCAAAUGUCGGAAGUCAACAUCGACCAAAUCCAGGCCUGGAUCGACCAAGGACGACUCGACCCCGCGAAACAGAUUACUCCCAAGGAAUUGAUCGAGUGUGGGAUCAUCGGAACUCUUAAGGACGGUGUCAAGGUUCUAUCCCGGGGUGCAGACACUCUCAAGCAGCCCAUCAACGUCAUGGUCUCUCGUGUUUCUGCCUCAGCAAUUGCCGCUAUCGAAGGCGCUGGCGGCAAGGUCCUCACUCGAUACUAUACCAAGCUCGCCAUAAGACGACUCUUGACUGGCGAAUCGGUUAACACAGACAAGCCUCUGCCUCAAGGUGCGGAGCACGUUGACACUGUGCUGGCCGCAGCCCGUGAGGCACCGUUCCGAUACCGACUACCCGACCCCACUGGCCGUGAGGAUAUCGAAUACUAUCGUGACCCUGCGCACCGAGGAUACUUGAGCCACCAACUUGCGCCAGGCGAGUCGCCCAGUUUGUACUUCAGGGUUCCUGGUGUGCACAAAAUUAAGAGCGAGGUUAAGAAGGAGAAGGCGGCCACCGAGGAGACUCUUUUCUAA